AUCUCUGCGGGGGCAGAGGCCUCCUACUCUCUCGCGCAGUCUCGCACCGCGCCGCGCAGUAUUCACACUCACGCGAACGGCAGCGCACGUAGCGCAGCGUCUCUCGGUCCAUCUUCGUCCUGCGAGUGAGAUCCUGCGCCGGAGUUUAAUACAUCGGUGGUGCGUCGCGGUAAUAAGCCGGGCUCGCGCACGCGAAUUGUCGUCGCGUGUCAUCGAGGAUCCCGGUGUGAACAUCCUCUCUUCCUCGCGUGUAUCAAUCUCGCGGAUACGCGAAACCACCCCUCAUUUGAGUUCGCGUUUCCCAGCCACCCUCGCAUCCACCACCCAUCCCCGGUUGUCGUCGUCGUCGUUGUCGUCGUCGCUGCCACUCCUCCGCCGCCCACCCUCCUCGACGCAAUUAGAACGGAUGCCCGAGGGCUUUCAACACGCGGCGGAUGAUAUUCCGAGGUGGGUGAUCGGUUGUCGAAUCGAGCGAAUCGAUCCGCCAUCGUGGAUCCCGCGGUCGACUUCGGGACCGACUUGAAUUUGGCGCGAGUGUUAGUGCGGGGAAACUUCGCUGCGAUAUAGAGCGAAGUGUGCGACACAUGUGAAUAUAGCCUCGCGUAGCUACGUUCCGCGCGAGUCGCGGACAUUCCUCUCUUCGUCGGACUGUGUCGUCGUCGUGGCGACGCGCUUCCGGAAGAUAAACCUGCAAUCCGGCAUUUCGCGCGCGGCAAUAGUUAUUCGUGAUUGGUUAAAUACAAUUUAGUCUGUGGUCGUCGCGAGAGACAACUUCGCGCGGAGGUAAAUCAACGUCGAAAAGGAGUCGAACAUAUUUCGGUGGCGUGUCGAGCCGGGGAUUAAAACUGUGCGAAGUUCUCUCGAGUGUGAAAUAAUCGGAUUAUCAAACUUUUCCAAGACGAAGUGCGCGUUCGACGUUAUAUAUUCGAAAUUCGCGAGUUCGCGAGUCAGUGAAGAGAUUCUUGCAUAUGGGCGGACUCGUCUUCCCCGGAAGCGGAACGGAACCGGAAUGCUCGCGGUUGUGUGAGGACAAUCGAGGGUCGUCGACGAGACUCUAACAGCGGCGGCUUCGGAACUGGGACUCGCGAGCAAGUUGUAUCACCCUGUCGGCCACGAGACACACGUUGAUGAUAUGAUCGGAAGCGGAGAGGAAACACGAGAAGAACCGAGACGAGACGGCGCCGAGACGAGCGGAGUCUGUUGACCGGAGUAAAGUUGUGCGCGAAUUCGUCGCGGAGUGUGUUCGUCGUUUACGUACGAUAUGUGAGAAUAACGUGUGAUACGGAUAUCGAUACAGUGAUAUAUAUAUGUAUAUAUAUAUAUAGGGAACGAGAGUAGCGGUGAUAAAGGAUCCUUCCCUCGUUCGAGAAGCGCGAAUAGUGCUUUUCCAUCGUCUUUACGUUACUUCAUCCGCGCGCGCGCGAGUGUCAAAAGUGUAUGUGUGUGUGUGCCCAUAAACGGACAACGGACAACUUCAUCGCACGACCAUGAAAGUCUUCUCCAGGUUGACGAUAGCGGAAAAGCUCCUCGGGAUGUGGCUCCUCGUCCUCAUCGCCGCCUGCUCGACGUCGCUUGUAAAAGGCGACGCCGGACAAUAUUUCCGGAUUAGGCCGAUCAACAGCUCCGUGCUAGAAGGCAACGAGGUGACGAUUCAAUGCGAGGUGGGGAACCGAGCCGGUACCGUCCAAUGGGUCAAAGACGGAUUUGCCUAUGUCAUACAGCAGAACGGCGAAAUCGUGGGCCAUCCCAGGCUGAAGCUGAUCGGUGAUCAGCAGGCUGGUAUUUUUAACCUACAAAUCACCGAUGCGUCUCUGACCGACGACGGCGAAUACGAAUGUCAGGUCGGACGAUACAUGCGGAUCAAACCGAUUCGCGCCAACGCUCACCUGAUCGUCACCUCGUUACCGCGAAAGGUCGAGAUCAGCAGUCAUCCGAAUAAGCAGGUAAUCGAGGUGAAGGUGGGAGAGUCACGACGAGUAGAAUGCAUCGUCAGAUCGGCCAAACCGGCUGCCUCGAUCAUCUGGUAUCGAGGAAACGUGCAGAUUAAGGGCGGGGACACGAGUAUUACCGCGAUCUCCAUCCAAGGUGACAAGGAGACGACCAAGCCUGGAGAGACGUCCAGGGAAUUGCUCAAAUACGACACUCACGGUUCCAUUACCAUCAUGCCUACGGCAGACGAUAAUGGGAUGGAUUACACCUGCGAGGCUCUCCAUCCAGCUAUACCGCCAGACAGGCCCAUGCGGGCGACUAUUACGCUCUCCGUUUUCUAUCCACCUGGUGCGCCGUACAUAGAAGGAUACACGGAAGGCGAAACCGUACAACGGGGCCAAAACGUGGAGCUCGCGUGUCGAUCGCGCGGUGGGAAUCCGCCGGCGGAGAUCAUUUGGUAUAGAAAUGACAAGAGGAUUUCAGCGGUUCAUCGCAGAGGAGCCGGUGUCAGCGAGAACAUAUUGUCAUUCAUGGCCCGGGCGGAAGACGACAAAGCACGCUACAGGUGCGAGGUCUCCAACAUCAUGAGCGUGCAGCCUAUGAAGUUGCACGUCGACCUCACCGUACUUUUCGCGCCCGCUGGAGUCACCAUCUCCGGACCAACGGAGGCGAAGGCGGGCGAUCAGGUGCUCAUUACUUGCACGACGGAAAACUCGAAUCCACCCGCGGACAUAAAGUGGACGGUGGACGGGCGUAAUUCUGAGAGCAACUCCUCGAGGACGGAACCGGCGCCGAACGGUGGCUGGAUCACCAGCUCGAAUGUCACGUUCAACAUUAAUCACAAGAGCCGCAGCAUCGUCGUCAUCUGCCACGCUUCUAACGUCAAACUGACGGAGAACGUGGUCGGCACACAUACCAUUAACGUGAUAUAUCCACCUGCAAAACUAACCGUCACCGGAUACGACGAGAGUACGCCGUUAGUCGCUGGGACGGUGCUGAAGCUCAUGUGCACCGCCACGUCGGGUAAUCCAUUGGCCACGUUAACAUGGUACAAGAACGACCGCAAGGUACUUGGUACGGUAAGACAGCGAAAUCAUGCAGUCUCCAGCGAGCUGGCGAUGCUCGUCAACGCGUCCGACAACAAUGCUCACGUACGAUGCGAGGCGACGAAUUCCGCCACCGAGAUCCCCCUGCUCAAACUUCUCGUGCUAAAAGUCCAUUUUCCGCCCGAGAGGGUAAAGAUUAACCGCGAACCCCAGGAUUUUCACGCCGGCCAGGAGGGCAGUAUAAUCUGCGAAUCGAGCAGCAGCAAUCCCCCUGCCGAAAUGUCGUGGUGGAAUAACGGGAUACCGGUAACCGGCACCAAGAACAACACCAAGCCCGGAUUACACGGCGGCUACGUGUCGUCCGUUAAGCUCACGCUGGACCUAACCGUGGACAAGAACGGCGAGGUGUACACGUGCGAAGCGAAAAACACCGAAUUGGGAAGAUCUGUCCACGACGCGACGACUCUGGAUGUGCUAUACAAGCCAAUAUUCUCGCCGUUAGAUCCAGCCGAACUAACCGGUUUGGAAGGAGAGCCUUUUGUCAUUUCCGUAAUGGCAAGUGGCAAUCCUAAUACGACAGAGUACACGUGGACAAGGGAUGGUCUGCCACUAGGUAAUAGCCGUAAAAGAAUAACCGCCCAUGGUUCUACGUUAAAUAUCACGAGAUUGGAUCGUCAUGACGCCGGCACGUACAUAUGCGAAGCGCUGAACAAGGAAGGGACUACAUUUUAUCAGCUAAAUCUCACCGUGCUAUAUCCGGCGAAAAUCAAACGCACUUCGUCAUCGGGGAUAGUUUAUCCACCGGAUGUCGAGGCAAAAUUGUUUUGCGAAGUCGACGGCAGCCCGAUCGGCGACGAGUACGUCACGUGGCAAAAAGUCGGAUCGAAUCCCGAACUACCGGGACGUUAUUCAACGUCCUUUGUUAAUCGGACGUCGUAUCUUCAUAUAGAACACCCUAGCCAGGAAGACGUCGGGGAGUAUCGAUGCAAAGUUAACAAUAUCAUCGGCAACGUAACGUCGGAUCCUAUUCUAUUUAUUACGAAUUUUAAACCGGAAAUGACAAACACCCCGCUGACGCGAAAGGCAGCAGCGAACAAAGGAAUAAACGUCCAAUUGUUCUGCAAAGCGCGAGGAUCUCCAUUGCCGCGUUUCACUUGGAUCUUCAAUGGGAAAACUUUAUUGCCGAACGCAACUGAGAAUAAAUACAGUAUCACUCACAGUGAUCUAUCCGAGCUCUAUUCGGAAACAACGUUGACCGUCUAUAAAGUGAAGUCACACGAUUAUGGAAACUACGAGUGUCGAGCGCAGAAUAAAAUGGGACAAUCUGUGGACGAGAUACACUUGGACGUCACAUCACCGCCGGACAAACCGAGUGACUUAGAAAUCUAUAAUGUUACACACGACUCGAUCACGUUGAUUUGGAAACGCGGUUUCGACGGUGGCCUGCCAACGUCCCAUAUGAUACGGUGGCGAGAGGCGGCAGUGCAUUAUGAGAAUAGCUAUCACUAUUUGGAUGUCUCGCCUGGCGAAUAUAAAGCUACUAUAUCCGGCCUAUCGCUUGGGACUUCUUAUGUGUUUAGCGUGAAAGCUCUUAACGAGAAGGGAGAAAGCGGCUUCUUGCCGGAUCUUCUCAAAGCCCAAACACUUCGCGAGGCGCCACCAACCGAGUUGACAUCAAGCGAGAAUAGUUCCUCCUACAUCAUCGUCAUUAUCAUCACUGUUUCCGCCUCUGCUUGCCUACUCAUUGCCGCGACCAUAAUCUUUGCUACAGUAAAAUCGAAAAAGAAGGCCCAGCGUACGGGUAAAUAUAAUAUUUAUCACAUGUUUUUUCUCUCCUUUAUUUUCUUAGGACCGAAUACAGACGAAAACCUGCCGAACGAAGUCCUUUUGGAAAAGGGCGACUUUCCAAUGAAUUAUAUCUAUACGUUAGCGGCGACUUCCGUCAUCAUUUUUAUCGUUAAUGUCUUCAUCAUGUUGUGGUACAUAGUACGAAAGCGAAAUAAAGCUCGUAUUAAUAAAUCGCAGACCGCAGACAUGUAUGCACCGUCCACCGUGAACGGCGACACCAUGACUGGCGAAUUAAGUUCAAUGUCGGACGAGAAAAGCGAUGUCAACUUCGACGCUAAUGAUUACGUGGACGAAGGACGCAAGACCGCAGCUAGCACGUAUUUAAUAGAUCAAACUAUACAGGAUUUUGGGAAAGGCGGUUUAGAGAUGCAGGUUCAUCAGGGCACCCUCGGUCGUCGCAGCAAUCACAUGCAGACAUCCAUGAACAUGGAUUCGCCACCGCAGCGAACUACUGCCAGUGGGACUCUCUCGGUGUCGAAAUCAAGUUACAUCGGUAAUCCGAGCCCGGCGCCGCCCAACGACGUGAGCUUCUACAGCGUGGAGAUGGACAAUGGUCGGGGCUACAUGAGCUACGACGGCAAUCCAAGUCCGGCACCGCCCGUCAUCGGCGAUCCCUCUGGCGGGCCCUAUUAUCCCACGUCUAUGGGUUCGACGGGUCACAUAAUGGGCGGACACUUGGUGGGCACCGGCACCGGCACCUUGACGCGCACCAGGACGCUGCCGCGUCCUGUACCGCCGCCCGACGUUACCGUGAUGACCGCGGGCACCAAGUCGCCGAUACCGCCGUCAGUGCCGCCGCCGCCCGCGACGUUUGCCCGGGUCGCCAACAACGGCGGACCUCAUUCGCAUCCGCACUCGCAUCCGGCGCCGCCGCCGCCACCCUGCCAGAGUCACCCGCUGUCAACGUUCGCGGCAACACCGAGUUAUUCCGACAUCGAUGGCCAUCUUGUCUGAGGCUCACCAAUCUUCGGGCCCAGUUCGGUGCGCGGCAAAUACCGCGCCGUCGCCCAGGACGACGACGAGGACCGUCGACCGGUCGCGGUCACGGAGAGGAGCACGCGUCUUUGAAUGACGUGAAAUGUCAUGAUGACGGAACCUCUUCUAAAUCAUUCGCAUCGUUCGAAUCGUCACCCAUCAUCUCCAGGAGCGACGACGAGCGGAUCGACGGCAUCAUGGCUUUAAGGUCCUGGCACUCAUCAUCAUAUGCGCCUGAACAAUCUCCGAAGACUCUGUUUGGUGCAGAACGAAAGUGUGUACAUAGAAAAAGACAGAAAGGGAGAGAAUGAAAAGAACAUUGCGACGAGAGCGGUGCACCAGGUAAACAUGCUGUAAACACGCCUUUCCCUUCCACGCGACUACUUCCUAGAUGAGAGGAGACAUGCGCGGGGCUCUCCUAUGCGAUUAAAUUCUAAUCUUAGGGAUAUAUAUAUAUAUAUAUAAAUAUAUAUAUAUAUAUAUAUAUAUAAAAAUCGAAUACUCGAUGAGCGACGACGACCUUGAGAGAAAGAGAGAACGAUCGCGCCAGCAUGCGCGAGCGUACUCCAAAAAAACUCGAGGAUGGUUUUAUUGUUCCAUUUCCGCUAUCCUGCCUUUUCCCCAACUUUACCAUUACUCCUACUCUAACUCAUUGUCUUUGUCCGCUCGCCUUAGCGUUAGUAUCCGCUAAAAAUCGCGAUCAGCAUAAUCAGCAUACGAUCGAAGCUCCAAAUCGACACCGAUUUUAUCGAGGAAAGUAUAUUUUCUGUAAAUACACACGCGCGUAAUCAGAGAGAUAAAGAGAAAAAAUCGCGGCAAUUAUUUCAUUCUUUGAUUAUUUCACGUCGGUUGUACCUAUUUAUCAUAACGAUUAUAUUUAGAUAUCACUAUGCAGGUAUCAACGACUAUCGAGAAAUCCGCAAGACUUUGAGAUAUCACCCGAAAAGCGAUUUU